AUGAUGUCGUCGCUCGUCUCGGCGACCGGGGUCGCCAUGCUCUACCUUCUCGACGGAGCUGGCGGCCACAUGGUCAUGAACAAGCCGGUUCCCUACAACCUGCACAUGGCGCCGCUGCUGCAGGUCAACCCCAUCAGCAGCGGCCUCUACCCGUUCCCUUGCCACAACAAGUACGACUUCACCGAGCGCACUCCGGUCGAGGCUGGAGGCACCACGCUCGUCAACUUCACCGGUGGCGCUCAGCAUGGCGGCGGCUCGUGCCAGUUCAGCAUCACGUACGACGAGCCUGUGGACGGAGGCGACUGGAAUAAGUCGGCCGUCUUCAAAACCAUCUACAGCAUCAUCGGUGGCUGCCCGGCUGCCUUCACCGACGAAACCCAUAAUCUCGCGCCGGUGACCCCAGACGAGAACCUGCGCCAGGAUGGAAAGCACUGUGGAAAUGACGCAGGCAUCGACUGCAUCCGCCAGUUCAGAAUUCAGAUUCCGAAGUUUGUCAAAAAUGGACCGGCCACCUUUGCUUGGACUUGGUUCAACAAGAUCGGAAACAAGGAGAUGUACAUGAACUGCGCUCCGGUGUACAUCACAGGCGGCACCGACGACGCAGAGCAGCUCAACAGCCUGCCCAAUAUCUUCAUCGCCAACUACCCAAAUGACCCGGCAGUCCCUAACUGCAUCACCGGCACCUCGGCCGACAAAGUUGUAGUCAAUUUCCCCAACCCAGGCAAAUACGGCCGCGUGCUCGAGCCGCCCCUUGAACCAGCCACCAAGCCGGCCAACUACUGCACGGAGAUCCCGCCUCCCUCCCAGAUCCCCACCUUCCUGCCCGGUCUUCCUCCCCAGGACGGUAAUGAUGAUAACCAUCACACAGCCUCGUCGUCGGCGUCCAAAAUAACAACAACAACAACAACACCAAGUAGUACUACUACAACAUCGGCGGCGUGGUCAGUCGGCCCAGUCAUCAGCGCCGAAGCGCCCCCCGCCAACGCCACCAUCCCCCGGAUCGUCAGCACGUCCCCGCCGGCCAAGACGCUUCCCACCACCAUCGCGACCACGUUUGUGGUGGUCGAAUCCACUUCCAUCGACUUUGCCACUGUUGCUGCUGAGACCACCGAUCCUGCUGUUAAUACUACUGCUACUGCAACUGCAACUGCUACUGUUCCAGUUGCUGGAGGAGGAGGAGGCGGAGGAGGCGGGAAGGGGAAGGGACGCGUCGUCCCUUGUCCGGCUGAGGACAAUGGCAAGGUGGUUUGUGUGGGCGGCGGUGGCGACCAGUUUGGGUUGUGUGACAAGGGCUGGGCGGCUGUGCAGGCUGUUGCGGAGGGGACGAAGUGCCGCGGUGGAGACAUAGUUUAUUACUAAUGAAAAGAGGCAUGGCAUGGGGCAUAUAGUAGCUACUUGGUGAUGGGGAUGUGAGAGCAGAAUACUAGAUGGAUGGAAGUUGGGUUUGGUUGGUGAGUGGUGACCAAGGUAUCUCACCUACCUUACGUAUCCGGGAAAGGGGUUGGCGAGAUUGGG